AUGUUGGAUGGUGAAGUAGAUACGAUAUCAUUGAAAUUGGUAUUCGACUUUGAACCAUAUGUAACUGAAAAGAAUGAAAUAGAAGUUGAUGAAGAAGAUAAGGAUGAAGUUGUACACGUACAAGAGCCAUAUAUUAACACAUGUACAUCCUAUAUAGACAACUCUGGUGAAAUAUGUAGAUUCUUUUUAAAAGGAAAUUGUACAAAGGGACCUGAUUGUCCGUUUAAACACACAAAGACUGAACAUGCUGUCGUCUGUAAACAUUGGCUUAGAGGUUUAUGCAAGAAAGGUGAUCUAUGUGAAUUUCUUCAUGAAUAUGAUUUGGCAAAGAUGCCUGAAUGUUAUUUCUUUUCAAAAUAUGGGUUCUGUCCAGAGGGACCAAAAUGUAAAUAUGGUCAUCCAAAGUGGGAGGUGCCAAAAGAAGAUUUAGAAUCAAAACAAGAUAUCGAAAAACAACAACAGAGCAGACUACAAAGUCAACAAUACAAUCAACAAAUCAUUUCAAAUAUUUCAAAACAAAAACAAAUGUUGUUACAACAACAACAAGAUCAAGAAAAUGGUAUAGGUGGUGAAGAUAAAAUGAAUAUAGAUAAUCAAAAUAAUAAUGGUAAUAGUAAUAUAAGUAAUAUGAAUAGUGGUGCUGGAUAUACUCAAAUGCUUGGACAACAACAUUCAUAUGGAGAAAGAGGUGGUAGAGGUGGUGGUGGAAGAGGUAGAGGUGGUGGACGAGGUAGAGGUGGUGGAAGAGGUAGAGGUGGUGGUGUUAUGGGAGGUGGAGAUCAAGGAGGAGGAGGUGGAGGAUACCAAAAUUUUAAUCAAGCUCCUCCCCCUCAAUUUAGUUAUAAUCAACACUAUACAUAA